AUGUAUUCGUCAUACUCAGUUGCAGCCGCAGUGUGCAGCUGCGUGUUCCCGGCUCUGAGCAUUGUGGCUGUGGGCUUCAGACUGAGGGCGCGCCUGAUGCAAAAGCUCAAACUGGGACUGGAUGACUGGCUUGUUCUUGUUGCGCUGGCACUCGCCUUCUCGUACUGCUGCCUUGUUCUCUAUGGAUCAUUCAACGCGGGCAUUGGGCAGGACCUGAGUACUAUUACGCCAGGCGACUAUGCCAAUUACCAGAAGCACUUGUACUUUGGCGUGAUCAUUGCGCAUUUGUCCUAUGGAUUCGUCAAGCUCGCCGUAUUACAGUUCUACAAGCGCAUAUUCGCAGUUCAUCGCUUCGUUCUAUCCGCAAACAUCAUCAUUGUCUUCGUGCUCAUAUUCAUGGUGGUCGCAACUUUCACCCAGAUAUUCUCUGCUUGGCCCAUCUCCAACUGGUGGACAUUGGGCAAGACUUAUACCAUCAACUACGGGGCGUUCCUGACCUCAUUUGCUGCUAUCGAUCUCGCGCUCGACAUCAUCAUACUGUGUCUCCCAUUCCCGGUCAUUCGCAAUCUGCAGGUCGAUCGGAACAGGAAGUUCCUGCUGCUGGGUAUCUUCUCGAUGGGCUUCUUCUGCAUCGUGGCCACAUCUGUUCGCCUUUAUUUCGGAUAUAAGCUGAGCGAAGCUGGUUCUGGGCGGCCUGUGUCCGACGAAGAAUUCUCCUACGUCUCUGUGAACAACGUCAUCUGGGCUGAAAUCGAAAGCUGCUGCUCCGUCAUUGCCGCUUGCCUACCCACCUACGGUCCACUUAUACGCUCCCUUUCCUUCCCCGAGUUCCUGGCUAGCACGUGGAGGUCGCUGCUCAACUCGGUGAGGCGCACGAGCAAUGUUCAGUCUAGUAGACACGAUCAGAAGGACUCGUGGUACCCGCUCUCUGAGAACCAUGGCAACUCCACCACUGUCGAGAACAAUAGUCAGGUUGGCCUGACUGAAUACGACGGCAUCCGCCUUCAGCGGAGUUUUGCUACGGAAGUUGGUGGACCCGCUGUUGUCUAG